AGCAAAGUUUCCGCCAUACCAAACACAGAGGGGUAAAAGCAAAAAGCCUGUCUUGGAAAAAGCUUGGUGUUCGUCAGUCUGCUCGGAGUCAGUGUGGAAUCUAACACCAGCUUAUGGUGGCAUUAUGGCACAUAAUGAAACACAUCCCCUUUUGGAGAUACUAAAGUCAUUUAAUCUUGGCGAUAUGAUUUUAGCCUUUUGUUUAUCCGUGCUUGUGGGCCUGCUGCUGGGUGCUCUGGUGUACGUUCUGUUGACCUGGGCAUCCAGGCGCCAGGCCACCGCCAAGAUCACCAGGCGCUCCAAAAAGAGAUCCGGCACUUCAAAUACACCCAUGAGCAACCAGCUGGGCCUUUACAGAAGCACUUUUCUGAGCGUAUACAGACAGCCCUCUCUGGAGCCAGUGGGCCCUCUGGGGAGUAAGCCCGGCAUAGAGACCUCAACAUUCCGCCCAGUGCCCAAGAGAAGCAGGGCUGGUCUGGAGAUGGGAGAGGACACUCUGGUCGUCAUGCCUGAGGACACACCAGCAUCAAACUCAUCGGAUUCAGCAUCCCUCGUGCCAAACAAGAGACAUUCCUUCUGGUUGGGCAACAAUGGGCUUAAAGGCUUCCUACCAUCACAGACUCCCCCUCCUGCAUACGACAGUGUCAUCCAUGCCUUUGAGGAGACUUGCACUUGAAUCUGUCCAAGAUAAACUGAAAAAGGAGAACAUUCUGGGAUUACACAGGACUUUCUGAUUGUGCUCUGCUCCUUAUCAGACCAUUUCUGACACUUUUCAGUGUAAAGCAGUGUGUCCUUAACUGAAUAAGAGCCACAGACAUCAAGUCUCAGCCCAGUAUUAUAUCAUGAGAUAUAUUUAGGGGUGCAACUAACGAUAAUUUUCAUAAUCGUUUUAUUUGCAUGUUAAUUUCUCGAUUAAUCGGUUAGUUGAUUUCUCUAAAAUAUUUCAUUGAACAAUGAUAUAAAAAGAGAGACAAGCAGCCACUCCUAACACUGGAGAAGAUGUAACAAGCAGUUGUUUUGCUUGAAAAUGACUCAAAUGAUUAAUCAAUGAUAUGACUAAUCAUUGCUGUUCUAAUAUAGUUGUUUGCACCUAAUCACUGCAGAACAUCUCAUGACCCAUGUGAAGAGAGUCUGAGGGUACAUUGUACACACACACACACACACACACACACACAUGAAGAUGAGGGAAACACUGUGUGCUAUAGAUAGUUGUAUUAUCUAAUAUCACAAUAAAGAUAAAUGAUGAUUUGAUUUCAGUGA